GCGCUGGCCCCGCCCCCUGGCGCCGCGAUCGCAGCCAUUUCGCAGCCGCUUUCUUGCAAGUUGCGGUUCGCUCUACCGGUGUCCGUCGCUAAAGGCCGGUGCUACGGACGGUCCUAAGAGGGCUGUGCUCUCGGGCACCAGGAAGGCAGACGAGGGUCUGAAGAAGACAGUUGAAUCAUGGGUGAUGUUAAAAAUUUUCUGUAUGCCUGGUGUGGCAAAAGGAAGAUGACCCCAGCAUAUGAAAUCAGAGCAGUGGGGAACAAAAACAGACAGAAAUUCAUGUGCGAGGUUCGAGUGGAAGGAUAUAAUUACACUGGCAUGGGUAAUUCCACCAAUAAAAAAGAUGCACAGAGCAAUGCUGCCAGAGACUUUGUUAACUAUUUGGUUCGAAUAAAUGAACUAAAGAGUGAAGAAGUCCCAGCUAUUGGGGUAGCACCCCCUACACCCUCAGCUACUGAUUCCUCUGAUACCACAGCAGAGGAUGGAGGUGUACCAGGAAACCUGGGAGGACCUCUUCCUCCACACCUGACUCUCCAGGCAGAAAAUAAUUCUGGAGGUGGGGGCUCUGGCUAUGUGCCCACCUGGGAUCGAGGUGCCAACUUGAAGGAUUAUUACUCAAGAAAAGAAGAACAGGAAGUCCAAGCGACUCUUGAAUCUGAAGAAGUGGAUUUAAAUGCUGGACUUCAUGGAAACUGGACCUUGGAAAAUGCUAAGGCUCGUCUGAACCAAUAUUUCCAAAAAGAAAAGAUUCAAGGAGAAUAUAAGUACACCCAAGUGGGUCCUGAUCACAACAGGAGCUUUAUUGCAGAAAUGACCAUUUAUAUCAAGCAGAUAGGCAGAAGGAUUUUUGCACGCGAACAUGGAUCAAAUAAAAAACUGGCAGCACAGUCCUGUGCGCUGUCACUUGUCAGACAACUCUACCACCUGGGAGUGAUUGAACCUUACUCUGGACUUACAAAGAAGAAAGAAGGAGAGACAGUGGAGCCUUAUAAAGUGAACCUUUCUCAAGAUUUGGAGCAUCAGCUGCAGAACAUUGUUCAAGAGUUAAAUCUUGAGAUCGUGCCCAUACCUGAAGAUCCCUCUGUGCCUGUUGCACUCAACCUUGGCAAACUGGCUCAGUUUGAGCCAUCUCAGCGGCAAAACCCAGUGGGUGUGGUUCCUUGGUCACCGCCACAAUCCAACUGGAAUCCUUGGACGAGCAGCAACAUUGAUGAGGGGCCUCUGGCUUAUGCUACUCCCGAACAAAUUAGCAUGGACCUCAAGAAUGAGUUAAUGUAUCAGCUGGAACAGGAUCGUGAUUUGCAAGCAGUCUUACAGGAGAGAGAGUUACUGCCUGUGAAGAAAUUUGAAAGUGAAAUCCUGGAAGCAAUUAGUCAGAAUCCAGUUGUCAUUAUUCGAGGUGCUACUGGAUGUGGUAAAACCACACAGGUUCCCCAGUUUAUUCUAGAUGACUGUAUCCAGAAUGACCGAGCAGCUGAGUGUAACAUUGUAGUAACUCAGCCCAGGAGAAUCAGUGCGGUUUCUGUGGCAGAACGAGUUGCAUACGAGAGAGGAGAAGAGCCUGGAAAAAGCUGUGGCUAUAGUGUUCGAUUUGAGUCCAUACUUCCUCGCCCUCAUGCGAGUAUAAUGUUUUGCACUGUAGGUGUGCUCCUAAGAAAACUAGAAGCAGGCAUUCGAGGAAUCAGUCAUGUAAUUGUAGAUGAAAUACAUGAAAGAGACAUAAAUACUGACUUCCUUUUGGUCGUGCUGCGUGAUGUGGUUCAGGCUUAUCCUGAAGUGCGCAUUGUUCUCAUGUCUGCUACUAUUGAUACUAGCAUGUUCUGUGAAUAUUUCUUCAAUUGCCCAAUCAUUGAAGUUUAUGGGAGGACUUUCCCGGUUCAAGAAUACUUUUUGGAAGAUUGUAUUCAGAUGACCCACUUUGUUCCUCCACCAAAGGACAAGAAGAAGAAGGAUAAGGAUGAUGAUGGUGGUGAGGAUGAUGAUGCAAAUUGCAACCUGAUCUGUGGUGAUGAAUAUGGUGCAGAAACAAGGAUAAGCAUGGCUCAACUGAAUGAAAAGGAAACUCCUUUUGAACUCAUUGAAGCUCUACUUCUGUACAUUGAGACCCUUAAUGUUCCUGGAGCGGUGUUGGUCUUUCUGCCUGGCUGGAAUUUGAUUUAUACUAUGCAGAAGCAUUUGGAAAUGAAUCCACAUUUUGGAAGCCACCGCUAUCAGAUUCUACCUCUGCAUUCUCAGAUUCCGCGAGAGGAACAGCGUAAAGUAUUUGAUCCAGUACCAAGUGGAGUAACCAAGAUUAUUUUGUCCACAAAUAUUGCUGAGACAAGCAUUACCAUAAAUGAUGUUGUUUAUGUCAUUGACUCCUGCAAGCAAAAAGUGAAGCUGUUCACUGCUCACAACAAUAUGACCAAUUAUGCUACAGUAUGGGCAUCUAAAACAAACCUUGAGCAGCGGAAAGGACGAGCUGGCCGUGUGCGCCCUGGAUUCUGCUUUCACCUCUGCAGCCGAGCUCGUUUUGAGAGACUCGAAACCCACAUGACACCAGAGAUGUUCCGAACACCAUUGCAUGAAAUUGCUUUGAGCAUAAAACUUCUGCGUCUGGGAGGAAUUGGCCAGUUUCUGGCCAAGGCAAUUGAACCUCCGCCUUUGGAUGCUGUGAUUGAGGCAGAGCACACACUUAGAGAGCUUGAUGCGUUAGAUGCCAAUGAUGAGUUGACUCCUCUAGGACGAAUCCUGGCUAAACUCCCCAUUGAGCCUCGUUUUGGCAAAAUGAUGAUAAUGGGAUGUAUUUUCUAUGUGGGAGACGCUAUUUGUACCAUCUCUGCCGCCACCUGCUUUCCAGAGCCAUUCAUCAGUGAAGGGAAGCGACUGGGUUAUAUCCAUCGAAAUUUUGCUGGAAACAGAUUUUCUGAUCAUGUGGCCCUUUUAUCAGUAUUCCAGGCUUGGGAUGAUGCUAGAAUGGGUGGAGAAGAAGCAGAGAUACGUUUUUGUGAGCACAAAAGACUCAAUAUGGCGACACUAAGAAUGACCUGGGAAGCCAAAGUUCAGCUCAAAGAGAUUCUGAUUAAUUCUGGAUUUCCAGAAGAGUGUUUACUGACACAAGUGUUUACUAACACUGGACCAGACAAUAAUCUGGAUGUUGUUAUCUCUCUCCUGGCCUUUGGUGUGUACCCCAAUGUGUGUUACCAUAAGGAAAAGAGAAAGAUUCUCACCACUGAAGGGCGUAACGCACUUAUCCACAAGUCAUCUGUUAAUUGUCCUUUUAGCAGCCAAGACAUGAAGUACCCAUCUCCCUUCUUUGUAUUUGGUGAAAAGAUUCGAACCCGGGCCAUCUCUGCUAAAGGCAUGACCUUAGUCACCCCCUUGCAGCUGCUUCUCUUUGCCUCCAAGAAAGUUCAGUCUGAUGGACAGCUUGUGCUUGUAGAUGACUGGAUCAGACUGCAAAUAUCUCAUGAAGCUGCUGCCUGUAUCACUGCCCUUCGAGCAGCCAUGGAGGCUCUGGUUGUUGAAGUAACCAAACAGCCUGGUAUCAUCAGCCAGUUGGAUCCUGUUAAUGAACGUAUGCUGAACACAAUCCGCCAGAUCUCUCGGCCCUCAGCUGCUGGUAUCAACCUUAUGAUUGGCACUACACGGUAUGGAGAUGGUCCCCGUCCUCCCAAGAUGGCUCGUUAUGACAAUGGAAGUGGAUAUAGAAGGGGAGGUUCUGGUUACAGCGGUGGGGGCUAUGGCCUUGGCGGCUAUGGCACUGGAGGCUACGGAGGUGGCGGAGGCUACGGUGGUCGAGGCGGCUACAGUGGCGUUGGCUAUGGGGGUGGCUCCAACUCCUUUCGGGGAAGCUAUGUUGGAGGAGGUGGUGGUGUUGGCGGCGGCGGCGGCGGUUUUAGAGGGCUUUCCCGAGGUGGCUAUAGAGGUAUGUCAGGAGGGGACUACAGAGGGGAGAGUGGAGGAGGAUACCGAGGAUCUGGAGGGUUCCAGCGAGGAGGUGGCAGAGGGGGCUAUGGGGGUGGUUACUUUGGACAAGGAAGAGGAGGUGGAGGCUAUUAAAGUUUAGUUAUGUCAGUGUCUCUGCGUAGACAGUUUAAUAAAAAAGCAUGCUACCCAUUUUCUCAAGUUAUUUGCUGCCAGUAAGUAAACCCAUUUUCCACCUGUUGUGUAGUUCAUUGUAGCUUAAACUACUAGACAUUUAGUUAUAUUAGUGAUUUUGUUUAUAUUAUGUAAAAUAUAAUCUAUAAUAAAGGUACCACAGUUUGUAUUUUUUUUCUUUCAGGAGUUGAGAACUGUCUUUAAAAUACUUGAUAUUUUCUUGACUUUAGUUUAAUACAAUAGAAAAUAAAGUAUUACAUUGAAUACUGGCCAUGUAUAGUUAAUUGUUGAUCUUACACAUUAGAAUAAUUUUACAAUGCCAGUUAAUUACAUUCAUUAGUUUUAAAUGUCGGGAAAAACUACUUCAUUUCAUAACUAUACCAACUGAUGUCAUUACCUGCAGUAGUUAGAAUAAAUAGCCUUGGAAUGCUGUUGUUAUUCUUGCAUUAAAUACUGGCCGGUACCCAACUGACAUGAAUCGCUGUACCUGAAUAAAACUUUUGACCUAGGACUGAGUAUUUUUACUUUUUCCCAGGCUUUGUCUUUGAAAAAUCUAAGACCAAGGUCAGCAUUCUCUUUUUUCAUGGUUAGUAGUUUCCAGUAUUAAAAUUAAUUUUAAUUAAAAUUUAAAAAUUAAUCCAAAAAACUAAGGUAAGCGAAGCUUCACCAGUGCAUAAUGUUUAGUGCAUAACAUUAACAUGUAUUUCAAAGGAUAUUUGUUAAGCUAGGUUAUUUUAUCGGAGACGUUUAUACACUUAGUAUAUACUUUGUUUCCAGUGAAUUUUCACAUUCCUCAUUUCAGUAGCACAGUACAGAAUAGUAGAGAUUACCAAGUCUUUCCUUUAGGCAGAACCGAGUUCACAUCUUAAUGCUGCUGACAUGUGAGUGAUCUUGGACAACUUAUAUUUUGUCUUAGUGGCAUUUUCAAAAUCCUCUUCUCGUGGAUUACCUUCAACAGUUAACUGCUGAUAAGUCCAGUUUAUUUAUAGACUCUCAAAUCUGUAUCUCCAGCUCAGAUUUUCUUUCUGUGCAUCAGACCUUUGUAAAAAAACUGCUUAUUGAACAAUAGAUUGCUGUCCAGAAACAAAACUUUCCAAACUGAAGAAAACCCCCUAAUUCACUGCAUCUUGUAUGUCUCACAAAGAAUAAAUUAGCAACUUGCUUGUA